AUGCCAACGAUAAAAAUCAGAAAAAAGAAUGGAAUAAAAGAUUCAGAUCUAAGGAAUAUAAAGAAGUGCCGUCGACGUGACAAAGCGGUAAAAAAAUGGACGGAAAAAGAAAUUUUAAUUAUAUUAGAUUACAUUCAAGAAACUGGAAACUUCGAGAAGCCAACAGCACAAAUAUUUUACAGAAAACUGUUAGAACAGAAGCCAUUAGACGCCACUUGGGAGUUGAUCAGGUGGAAAAUGAGAAGCCUGAAAACUUCAUUUUCUAAAGCUACAGAGUGGCAAAAAUCAACUGGUGCUGGUCUCAUGGAAACAGAAAUGGGACUUGGUACUGUUCAAGGUGAGACAACAAUUGAGAUUUAGAUACAAUUUUGUAUACGUUCCUAACAAUUUUGUGUUUAUUUCUUAUUAGCAAAAGUUCUUAAAAUCUGUCCCUACUACGACAGAUUGAAGGAGAUUUUUGGUGACAAAACCGAAGGCCGCACUUCUUUCCAAACA